AUGCCAUCUAAGUCAACCUUUUUCCAUUCGCAUAGGAACACCAGCCGUUCAGAGAUCUCAGUGGGCUCGCAAGACGAGAGAGACGCCGAUACCCCCCACUUCACGACGUCGGAUCACGUCCACGACGAGGGGCUACCACCUCGUUCAGAAGAAGCAGGAUUCUAUCAAUUGGCAUCUGGUCCAACGAGACCCCAGAGUCAAUUGGUAUCUGGUCCCACAAGGUCCCAGAGUCAUCGGCUCCCAACCCUGCUCAAUACUACUACCCAGCCACCGAUCAGCCUUCACAGCACGCCAAAUUCCGCGGUCGAGGACGACAACCCAGACCGUUAUUACCAACAAUCUCCAAGAGCUCCAGUGCACAAAGCGGAGCAGAAAAAGAGGAGGUUCUUUGGACUCGGAGGUUCAUCCAAAGAGAUCAACAAAGACAAGCUUGAAAAGGUUGGGAGGAGCACAUCUGUGAGGAAGGGCCAGCACCAACAGCCAGAGUCCCACAUCACCGACGCUCGCAACCGUACCGAGCAAGAGCGCUGGUCUGCCUCGAAUCCUUUGGACGACGAGGAAGAGCCAGAAAGUGGGGCCGCUUUCCGCACCUCGUAUGCCCAGUACACGGCGUCAGAGAAAGACCCACUGCGAUCUCCAGGUUUCCCACCGCCUCUUACUCACGAGGAAUAUCUCUACGGCAGGUUAACGCAGCAAGCUUUAGUCUCGGAUUCAGCAACUCGGCAGCCUUUGGAGCGUCAGUCUUCUUCUCAGUCACCCAAAACUGCUCGCCACCAGCCUUCGUCAUAUCACCCUUCUCCUUCUUCCGCGACCUCGACAUCCAGUCAUCCCUUUGCUCAUAGGGCGCACGAGGCGCUUCAGCAAUUAUACCAAGAUCAGACUAGCAGACCAUCAUCGGCACAGUCGCUAGAGCCUCCCCCUGUUGUCCAGUAUCCGCGAGCCUCGGAUUCUCAUCAAAAGAAACAAGAGCAGAGUCAGGUUUCCCCGGGUACAUAUAUGCAGGGCUCAAUGGGACCGCCGCCAACUCAGCAAGCCCCUCCAACCAGACGCUCAAGCGAGGCGACUCAGCAAAGUUCGUCGUCAGGAGGUCAGGGUCGGGAAGGGGGCAACUAUCAACACUACAAUCAAGGUGUCCAGCAAGGCCCAAAUCUGCCCUCCAACGCACCCCCACAGUACAGCGCUCAGCUAGCCCCGCAAGGUCAAAGCUAUAGGGGAAACGCUCAACCCUCGCCAAUGACGCAACAGGAAGGUCGAACUACACCGCCUCCAAAUAGGUCUCGAGAUGAUCUAUCAGGCCUAGACGUUGCACAAUUGCUUAAUCGUCAUGAUGAAUUACAGGACAAAUAUCGCAAAGUAAAGAAAUACUACUUUGACAAAGACGCCCAAGUCCAACAGCUUCAGAACACGCUUGCUCAUCAGCGCCUAUCACAAUCCCGCACUUCAUUAGACGAUAACGAGUACUCGAACAGGUUUCAACGCCUUGACGGCGCUAUCAACAACCUCGCUUUCAACAUCCGCCGCGACUGGCGGUCUAUCCCGCCCUGGCUUGCACCGUAUGUCAAUCGGGACGCUGCAACUCAGCCAACAAAAGAGAUGACAGCUGUCGGCCGUGCUUGCAUAUCUCGAUGGCUCGUAGACGAGCUACUAGAACGCUACUUUCAUCCCUCGCUGGAACCCGGUUUCUCAGCCCAGCUCAAAAUAAUAGAAAAAAACCUUCGCCGUUUUGCUGCUCCAACCCCUUCAGAGGAAGAAAAGGACUCUCUUCUAGCCAGGAUCUCGAAUUGGCGUCUAGCUACUCUAGAUGGCCUACAAGAAGUCCUGUCAUCUUCUCAAGCAGGCGAAAAUCGGGCUUCGUUAACAGAAUCACUCGUUGAGAAAUUGACAGCUAGCCUCUCGAUGAUGUUGAAAGAACCUUCGCCACCAGGUCUUGAAGGUGGCGUAUCAAUGAUUGUAGAGCUUGCUGUCGGCAUAGCUGCCAACUUGCCGCUAGAAAGCCGAGACGUGUUUGUCGAGUAUGUCACCCCUGGCGUCUUUGUGCAAGAAGCCUGGAUGAAAGUUGAGGUCGGAUUACCCGCCUUGACGAAUCCAGGCGAAGGACCUACGGACGGCGACGGCGGGAGCAUCAUUUCGAAGCAGACUGAGGAGACCGGAUCUAUCGAAAGUCGUGAUACCGCCACUAGCAACGGGAAUGGCAACGAUGAGACUGCUAAAGAGAUAGCGAUGCAGCAGCAAGCCCAGCAGCAGCAGCAGCAACAGCAACAGGCGGUACAAGGAAAGAAGAAAGGAAUGUUCACUGGUUUCAUGGGCGGCGCAGCUGGGAAAAAAGGUAGUGUCUCGGGAGCAUCUACAGGCCCACAACCGCAACAGGGGCAGGGACAAGUGCAACAACAACCGAGUCCACCAAAAGAGGAUAGAGUCAGAUUCUCCACAUUCAUGGCCGUUGAGGUCAGGGGCCGAAGUGUGCUCGUGAAAGCACCUGUCUACGUUCGAGAGUAA